AUGGCGUCUAAAACAAUAAAAUUCAACGCCGGUAAAGUGGAAUAUGACGAAGAAACUAAGCGUUGCACACCAUUACCACAUAAGGGAGUCAUCUCACUCAAGCCAAACGCAGAUGAUGAAGAUUUCUUUGACUUUACGUGGUCGCCAAAGUCAAAUGGGUCAGGAAACAUCGAGAAAGAUGAAUUGUUAGUCAUACCAGGAGAUGUCAGUUUUAAACAGGUGACUUCGUGUAAAACAGGACGAGUAGUUGCAUUGACAUUUUUGAGUUCUGGAGGAAAGAAUUUGUAUUGGUUACAAGACGUCGGGGACGACGAGGAAUUGAGCAAAUUGACCACCAAGGACAAGAGCAUAUUGGAUAAGGUGAAUAAAUUGAUUUCUUCAAGUGGUGAAGAAGACGAACAGGAAGCUAAAGAAGAAACCGAAGAAACCAAGCCAGAGGCCGUAUUACCCCAAAGCACCUCCUCUUCGGCCGCCACCAAAGAAGCAAACACUGCCAGCCAAGAAGGCAUCAAGUUGCCCAUUGCAUCCAUUUCAGACGUGUUAACGGUGGAAUUGAUUGAAAAACACCUUGACACCUUGUCUCCAGACCAGUUAUCUCAACUAUAUGCGAGCCACUUACCUGAAUCUACGAAUCCCACCAAACACGACAUUUUGGAUGUGGUAAGAAGCGGCUUCUUCCAGCAAUCUACGAACAAAUUAAGCGAGCUGUUGAGAGAAGGAAGUGGUGCUGGAUACCUCUUAGCCCAGACUUUGAAAUAUGAUUACCAAGGGGAGGGUAUUGAAUCUUUCUUGAAUGGUGUGAGAGAGCUGGGCAAAAAGGAAGAAAAAGAAAACGAAGAACAUCCUAACGUCGAAUCUAAGAAUGACGAUGAAAUGAACGAAUAG